GAGGGGACAAGGGACGACAUCCCUGGAGGUGUCACCCACCGCCCGCGCGGUGCUGGGACCCCCCCCCAGGAAGGGGACCAAAGUGGCCACGUCCAGUGACCGCGACGCAGCCGUGUCCCCAAGCCCCGGGUGGCUCCGGGGGGGAGCCUGGGGCUGGAAAGUCCUGCCUAGUCAUCCAGGGGGUGGCGCGGGGUGAGAGCCCCAAAAAGCGCGUCCGUUCCGGUAAGGAAAGAGUCAAUGGCCCGCGCGGAGCCGCCUCAGCCCCGCACACGCCACUUCCCCGAGCGGGGCUGACUCAUCCCCGCGCUCCGUCCCGCUCCCGAUACCGGCUCCCACCGCUCCAUGAGCCGCUCGACCUGAGCCCCUCCGACCUCUUCCUAAAGCAACAGUUUGGGGUCUCUUACUCCCCACACCCCAUUUUUUUCCCCUCAGGACCUUCCUAAGCUCAAAGCCAACGACUCCCCCCCAUGGAGAACAACCAACCAGGGCAACAAGACCCCCAAGAAGCCACCACCAGCAAUCCCACAGAGGAUCUGGGUCCCGAGGAUGGAUCUGAGCAGGAGAAGCCAGUGGGGGAAGGGGAGAAGGAGGAGGAGGAGGCUUUUCUGGUCAGUCUCUACAAGUUCAUGAAGGAUCGACACACCCCCAUUGAGAGGAUCCCCCACCUCGGCUUCAAGCAGAUUAACCUCUGGAAGAUCUACAAAGCUGUGGAGAAGUUGGGAGCCUAUGAGCUGGUGACAGGGCGCCGGCUCUGGAAGAAUGUGUAUGACGAGCUCGGGGGGAGCCCCGGCAGCACCAGCGCUGCCACCUGCACCCGGCGCCACUACGAGAGGCUGGUCCUUCCCUACGUGCGGCACCUCAAGGGGGAGGAGGACAAGCCGCUGCCCCCCAGCAAACCUCGCAAGCAGUACAAGGGCUCCAAGGAUGACAAGAGCAAGAGGGCCAGGAAGGAGAAGGGCAGGGAGCAGAUGCCUCCGGACAAGGUGAAAACAGAGGUGGCAGCUGGCACCGAGGACACCCGGGACAUCCCAGAGCGGGGCCGGGUGGCCCAGGGAUCCAUCCCAGCAAUGCCACCCCACUGCUCCAGCUUGGCAAUCCCGACCCCCAGCCCCUCGGGGGGGCAUCCCAGCCCCUGCCAGACCCAUAGUGAGACCUACAAGUGCCUUUUCUCCAGCUUCUACUCCAAAGGGAACCACCCCAUCAUGUCCCCACUAGCCAAGAAGAAGCUGCUGGCCCAGGUGAGCGAGGCUGAGUCCCGGCGCUGCCACAAACGCCACUGCCUCGAGGGCCGGUGGGCACCAAGCGCUGCCACCACCAGCCACAACCCGCCCCGGCCGGCCCCUGAGAGGAGCCCGGAGCCCUCAGCUCAGGAUACAGUUCCGAGCAUCAGGAAUGAGGUGGGACCCUCCACCAGUGCAUCCCCCGGGGGCACAGACACCCAGGGGUGCCCCCGGGCCGAGAAUGGGGGUCCGGCACCUCCCGUGUUCACCGGCUACUUCCAUGCCUACCGCAGCGAGGGGCUCCCGCCCAGUGCCCCCCAUCCGCUCUGGGGGUACUUCUCCAACCUGAAGGAUUUUUUGGAGCCGCCUCCUGCCUUCCCAGAGCCAGAGCAGCCCCAGGACCUGCGGAGCAAAGUAUGGGAGAGCCAGGGGGCUGCCGUGCAGGCCUGGGUGCCCCCCGGACCCGCUGCCAGGGCCAGGCAUGGCCAUGAGGAGGAGGAGGAGGAGGAUGACGAGGAGCCCUUUGGCCCCAAAUUCGGCGCCGUGUCCCCCUUCCCCAGGGAGGCCGAGGGCAGGGACAUGGGAUCCAGCCCCCUGGGGGGCCACCGCGGGCUGGCCAAGCCCAAGGCCGUGGUGGCCAGUCCCAGCUUUGCUGCACUGCACUUCCCGCCAAGCUUCGGGAGCCCCCUGGAGCACCUCAAAACUCAGGGUGUGCCUGUGGCCCCUGCGCUCUCUGCCAACCCCUUUGUCAUCCCGGCCUUUCCCAGCCCCUUGGUGGUGGGCUCCACACAGCCCCCAGAGCUGUGCCAGCCGCUGGGCACCGGCCCCAGGCACUACCCCAAUUCCUACAGGAAUUCCCUGCGCCACCGGUCCUACCCAUGGCACAGCCACCAUUCCUGUGGCUCCCAGCACAUGCCAGCCUUCCACCGCCACACCAAGCUGUAGGAAUUCCAUCCCAGCCAGCAGCAUUCCCUGUGGAGGAGGGAGAAGCCAGGAUGCCCCACCAGAAAGUACCAGGGCCAUCACUGCUCCAGGGCUGAGAGGGGACAAUCUGGACCGAGUAAUUUUUACUCUUGAUCUUGAGCUGUUUGUAUCCAACCUUGUUAUGGUGGUGACUUAAUUACGUAUCACAUAGUUCUAUAUAUAUUUUAUAUACACACCUAUAAAAAGGGAGCAAAAUGA